UUCGCAAACCAUUACGUUGUGGUAAUCAGAUUAGAUAACGUCUGGUGGAACAUUGCAAUAUAGAAAAGUUUAUUUUAACUGUGAAAUGUUUUCUAGUGCUAAUGAAAUGUAUAGUCUUCGAGAAGAGCUUGGUAUGGAUGAAUUAUCGCUAACUCCAAUCCUGGAACAGCUUAGUGAACAGUGGUCAACGGAAAUAGUAAUGCCUAUGGAUUCCGCAAUAUCACCUGUGUACCCAAGUGAAGGAAUCAAAACAGAGUGCAUGAGUUCUCUGAUCCAACCCACAUAUCAUAACACAACAGGAAAUGCUCAAAGCACCGCCGAAAAGGAAGUGAACAAUACACCCUCUGCUGUCGACGGUUCAAAAUCAUAUGUUGCAACGAAACGGUCUCGCACCGCCUUUACUAGCCAGCAGCUUGUAGAGUUGGAAAAGGAAUUUCGCCUAAAUCGCUACUUAUGCCGUCCUAGGAGAAUUGAAAUCGCCACAAAACUAGCAUUAACCGAAAGACAAAUUAAAAUUUGGUUUCAAAAUCGUCGGAUGAAGCACAAAAAGGAAGUCAUGGCUGCAGGAGACUACAACAAGGAGCAUAAUACAGAUAAAAAUAGCCGCAAGGACGUAACGAGGGCUUGUUCUCUAGCUACUAUCGAAAAUAAAACUAUAGUUAAUCGACUUAUGGCUCAUUCAACAUAUGCUCCAAGUAUGUUAACGGUAAGAAAGCAAUCGUCUGAUAAAAAAUAUGUUAAUAAUAUAGACCCAUCAGAUCAAUCUGAUUUCCUGCUAGGUAGUGAAUUAUUUGCGCCACCUACAAAUCAUCAUGAAUCACUUUACCAAAAUAAUUUUAUUUAUUUGGAUAAAAAAGAUUUUAGAAUGCACAAUAGUUCUCCUGACAUUGAAGAUCCGUAUUUAUCUGCGUUGAUUAAUGCAGGAUCUUCGAUGAACAAAUCACCCGCUCAAGAAUACAUUAAAAACAAUCCAUCAUAUUCGCAUGAGAAUAUAUCUCAACAGCUAUUUGAUAUCGUUAAGCCUAACUCAUUGGAAACAUUACCAACUAUUACUAUCCAAUGGGGAGGAAAUGAUGAAAAUACUCAUAACAAAAGUGCUUCAGGAACCAACUAUUUAAAAAACAAUAAUAUAUUAACGGAAAAAUGUUACUUUGAGGCUGCACCAUUGACAGGAUACCCAUCAUCCAAAGAAUAUAUAAUUUAAGGCAUAAAUUAAAAUAACUUGAAGACGAAAGGAGCAUGCAAGUCACUAAACUUAAAACACGAAGUUGAACAGACAAAUAGACUUAACACUCAGGUUAUUCCAGUCUACCACAUAAUCAAAUAUCGUAUCUAUUUAAUAGACUAUGAGUGCUUGGCAUUUUUACACUAACGCUUUCUGUCCACAAUCUCGCAUGAGCUUCAUUUCGUACGACAUGAACGAUGGAUUUAUCAAGUGUUCUGUUUGCCUGCGUUGAACAAAUGCAUCUGUUGCCAAAUCAAUUGAAAUCAACUGAGUUGAUCUAUACAUAUGUCUCGUCUAAACCCAGCAUUACAGAACAAUAAAUAUAAUGAGGAGAAGAUGCAACCACAUACAUGACGAGUCUCGCUUUUUUUCAUGAAUUUAUUUGAAUAGUGCAAUCAACAGAACAACAUGAAAGCUAUUGAUUGCAGUAUUCAAAUUAAUUCAUGGAAAAAAUGUUACUUAGGUCUUUUUGAAAAGUUAUGCAAGGAGUCCUGUCAGUAUAAUAUAUGUUUACAUUAAAUAUUUUUAUAACUAAGAAAUAUUCAAAGGCAUACGAUAAGCAAAAUAUUUAAUUAAGUAGUUAUAUAUUUUUAAGAUGCUAUUGAUAUAUUAUUAAGAAUAAUAAAAAAUCAACUCAACACCAUAUAUGAUUUUUUUCAAAGUGAAUUGAUGUACCCUUUUCCGGCAUAUCUAAUAAAUGUUGAGUCGGAGAAAUGUGUUCUAUCUCGACGUUGGCCAUCUCAUUCUUUGAUUUCUCGAUCUAUGCUUCAGUUUAUCUACUCUACCCAAUAAAAAA